AUGAAGUACUCUGCUAUCACCAUCCUUGCUCUCGCGGCCGCUGGUCUGGCAAUGCCCGGAAAUGACAACCACGGUCGUGGUGGAAAUCACGAGACCCGAUGCAGCCGCCAGGAAUACUGCUGUGACAAAGGACUACACAUCCUUAACAUUCAUCGCGGCGGUGUCGCUGGAGGAAACCAGCACUGCCGAGGUAGUGUCUUUUGCUGCGACAAAGGCGGCAAGGUGGGCCGCGUCCUUAACCGCAAGCACUUCAACUGCAACAAGAUGUAA